GCAGGCUGCCCGGCCCCGAUGAGCGCCGAGAGCCCUCGGCGUUCCCCUCCGCGGGCUCCCGGGGUGCAGGGGCCGCUGCCUCUUUUGCACCCGAAAAAGGGCCUGCUGUGCAAAUGGUCUGCAGAGGCGCCGACUUGCUACAAGUGUAACGACCUGGGACACGAGGGCCUUCCGCCGCCGCCGCAGCAGCCGCGCUCGCCCGCUCCGACGGCGCCGCCUCCUCCCACGCCGCCUCCCCCUCCUUCCAGCCCCCGCGGCUGGGCCAUGAAGACGGAACCCCCCAAGGAGGCCCCCGCCGCCGCCGCCGCCGCAGACAAGAUGCUGCGCACCCCCAAGUGCUCUCGAUGCCGCAACCACGGCUUCUUGGUGCCCGUCAAAGGCCACGUGGGCAAGUGCCGCUGGAAGCAGUGCACCUGCGAGAAGUGCUACCUGAUCACCGAGCGCCAGAAGAUCAUGGCGGCGCAGAAGGUGCUCAAGAGGCAGAUGCACGACGGUGAGGAGCCCGACGACCCUCCCGGAGAGCCCGCCGGCCAGGCCGCGGCCUUGGGCGGCCCCGGCCCGGGGCCCGCGCCCUGCGCCCGCCCGCUGCCCCUGCCCAUGCCCAUGCCCAUGCCCAUGCCCGGGCCCGGGCCCUGCGGCCCCGACGCGGGCCCCGACGGCCGCGCCGCUUCCUACAUGGGCCCCCGGCCCGGGCCCCCCGGGCCCUUCGAGCGGGGCCCGGGGAGCAACGGCGGGGGAGGCCCCAUAGGGGCCUUGGAGGCCGCGGGGCCCUCAGGGAUGGGCGUCCGGGGCCUGGAUGGCUGUUGCAAGCCCCGGCGGUCGCUGCCGCUGCCCAUGCCGGUGCCGCUGCCCGCUCCGCCGCCGCCGCCGCCGCCGCCGCCGCAGCUCUCGGCUUCCACCUCGGCUUCCCCCAGCCCACCCUAUGCUGACUUCGGGCAUCCUUCCAACGUGGCCCCGGAGUGCAUGAUGGGGCCUGAGUAUCUGGAGAGGGAGCAGUCUAAAAUGUAUCCUGGGUACGCCAACAUGUACCACUACCGCCCGUUCCCGCUGGGCCUCGUCAACCAGUCCGGCUACCGCGGCUCCCCCGCGGCCCCGGGGCUGCCCCUCCAGAGGGGCUUCCGCCACGUUCCCAGCAACCACGGAGCGGGGACUUCCUCUUCUUUGCUCAUGCAGGAUUCCAGCGGAGACUUCAGACAGGGCUACUACCCUCCGCUGCCUCAGUUCAUCCCUCCGGGCUUUCUGCCGGGGAUCCACUACAUCCCCCCUCCUCUCCCGCUGAACGUUCUGGCCGACACCGCCAAAGAAUCCACCGCCACCCUGACCGACGUCUCGGACUCGGCGGCGAUGUGUGAGCACAGCCAGCCGUCUCCCCAGGAGCCGGCCAACUGAGGGCCCGGGGGUCCUCAGGGCCCCCCCCCGAGAGGGGGCGUUGGCCCUGCCCCCCGGCUGCAGCCCCCGCGGGCAGAGGGACGGGGUCUCCCAAUGUUGGCUUUGGAGAAGGCUC